AUGUUUUUUACUCCUCACAACAAAGAAAACACACACACAGGCAAACACACUUUCAACAAGGUUCAUAAAUUAUUAGCACUGCCUAUUCCAACAAUAUUUUCAGCAAUGGAAAUGGUGAACAGGUUGGUUAAGGAAAAGCCAGUAGUGAUAUUCAGCAAGAGUUCUUGCUGCAUGAGUCAUACCAUUAAGUCACUGAUAUGCGGGUUUGGAGCAAAUCCAACCGUUUACGAACUUGACAGAAUCCCAUACGGGCACCAAAUUGAGAGGACAUUGAUGCAGUUGGGGUGUGAACCAAGUGUACCAUCCGUGUUCAUAGGCCAAAAAUUGAUUGGUGGAGAAAAUCAAGUGAUGAGUCUACAUGUUCAGAACCAGCUUAUCCCAUUGCUUAUCAAUGCCGGAGCUUUAUGGAUUUAGAGCUGUAUCAUAUGUGUAGUUUCUGCCAGAAGAUAGGAUAUACUACACAAGCUUUAUUGAUUUUUGUUUGUUUCUUGUUUUUUUAUGAUUGUAUUUUUAUCCUGUACUUAAUGGUAUAAAAGCAUAAUAGUGUGGCUUUUGAUA